UAGAAGUGUCAGUAAAGCAGGAGUUAUUUGCAUCGAAUUUACGGUAAUUUUCAACUUAAAUAUAUUGUUGUGUUUAAUCAGUUCGCUGCCAUUUUGCAAUUUUCCCAGCUGCAUGAUCAUGUGACUGAAAGUAGCCAUUUGAUGCUGGCAAAGCAGGGAGAUGACUGAAAUAGUAUAAAGGGAGAUAAACGUUGCCAUGAUAUUUUAGUUACGGAUGAAGGGGGAUACGAAAAAGCGGUUACAUCUCAAAUCGGCGGAAGUCAAAAAUGGAGGUAGAUUUGCAGCCAUCAAUACAAGACGACAGUGAUGUUGAAAGGCCAUGUUUGUUGUGUAAGAAACUUUGUAACAAGAAGAAGAGAACAGGAUAUUCAGUAUCUUCUGUAAAUUAUGUGAGAUACGGUAUCCAAGAAUCUGAUGUUCAACCUGAUACUCUCAUCUGUCUGACUUGUCACUUCAGGCAUGCAAAGAUAAUAAAAUCAACAGCAGACAAAGAAAAUCAAAUCAAGGUAGAUAAAAAAGAAGUAAACAAAGGUACAGGUGGUGAAAUUGGGGUCACAGAAACAAUAAAAACAAUACCAAAAAGUGUUAAAAACAAUGAGACAAUGUGUGGUGCUGUAAAAGACAAAAAAGCUAUUUGUACAGAGUUGAAAAGUGAAGAACCAGUCUUUAAAUUGAUGAAAAGCAGUGAACCAGUCCAUAAUGAAAUAAAAAACAAUGAACCAGUCCCUAAUGAGAUUAAAAGCAGUGAACCAGUCUCGAUUGAGGUAGGAAGCAGUGAACCAGUUCCAAGUGAGGUAAAAAGCAGUGAACCAGUCCCUAAUGAGGUAAAGAGCAGUGAACCAGUCCCUAAUGAUGUAAAAAGCAGUGAGUCAGUCUCUGAUAUGAUGAUAAGAAGUGACCAAGUCCAUAACCAGACAAGAAGCAGUGAACCUGUCGAUGACCACAAAUGUGAGAAACAAUACAGGUGUUCUGCAUCACUGUGUACAGCAGCUGCUUCAAAAAAAAUAUAUAAAUUGAAAAUCAUUCCAAAACGAUUUUUCACCCUUCCAGCAGAUGUAAAACAGAUUAUUAAAUCCCAGUGUGGGAUAUUAGAUGAGAGAAAAAGGAUAUGCAAAAGCUGUUAUGACAAGGUUUACUUCAAAUGUAUUAAUCUAACAAAGAUAAACAAAAAAAUAGAGAUCCCAUCAUGUUCCAACAGAAAUCAAUGGAAAGACAGUUUGAAGCAGUCCAUUAGCGAAGAUACUCAAAAUCAGGCAAAAACUACAAAGACCUAUGCCUGCGGUUGGUGUAAAUUUAGAUCAGCACGUUCCUCAACUAUUGUGAAACAUCAUUAUAACAAGCACCAGAGGAGAGAGCUAGACAUUGUGCGUCUGAAAUCACGCUCACCAAAAAUAAAGUCGCCAUCUGGGAUUGGAUUUAACUGCGAUUCGUGUGACUUUACUGGUAGACUGCGUCAUCAGUUACACCUUCAUAAUGAUCGCUACCAUCAAAAUUCUCUGAACCGCGACGGUACAACUGAUUGCGAGUCAGAUAACAGCCAAGUGUACCCAUAUUAUUUCUACAAUAUGACGUUGCCUAGCAACUACUUUCAAAUGCAGCAGAAAUACAAAUUGAAAGAUUUUAAGAUAUUGUGUGAAGAUAUUUUGAAAUCGGGACCGGAAUACUUGAUAAAAACAGUUAGUGAUGAAGGAGUUUCCAAAUUAUGUGUGGACAGUCUGACAGAAGAUGAGUUUGUUUCCAUGGCAACUAUGUAUCAUGAAGACAUCAGUUAUUGUGAUACAAGGGUAGAGAAUUGUGUUCCUGUUGACAUGGGAAAAUUAGAGUUACAAGAGAUUGAAACAAUGAUCAGGAAUUGAUGGAAGAAAUGUAGUGCUAAAAAGCUUUGUUGACUGUUUAGUAAGGUUGUAUGUGAACUUCCUGUAUAUAAUGUUUUCUGUGACCUAUUACUGGAAUCAGAGGGUAGAUCGGGGUAUUUUCUGAAGCUUUAAUGGAAAUAUGAGUUCUUGCAAUGGCAUACUAAGUCUACAUGUAUAAUCAUGGUUGUUCAUAUAUUUUUAGCUCAUCUGAUUUUUUGAAGAAAAAAAAAUGAUGAGUUAUUGUCAUCACUUGAGCGGUUGUUGGCGUCGCCUGGUUAAGUUUUAUGUUUAGGUCAGCUUUUCUCCUAAAUUAUCAAAGCUAUUGCUUUGAAACUUGCAACACUUGUUCACCAUCAUAAGCUGACCCAGUAUAGCAAGAAACAUAACUCCAUCUUGCUUUUUGCAAGAUUUAUGGCCGCUUUUGUACUUAGAAAAUAUCAGAUUUCUUGGUUAAGUUUUAUGUUUAGGUCAACUUUUCUCCUAAACUAUCAAAGCUAUUGCUUUGAAACUUGGAAUACUUGUUCACCAUCAUAAGCAGACCCUGUACAUCAAGAAGCAUAACUCCAUCUUGCUUUUUGCAAGAAUUAUUGCCCCUUUUGGACUUAGAAAAUCAGUUUUCUUGGUUAAGUUUUAUGUUUAGGUCAGCUUUUAUCCUAAACUAUCAAAGAUAUUGCUUUAAAACUUGCAACACUUGUUCACCAUCAUAAGCUGACCCUGUACAGCAAGAAACAUAACUCCAUCCUGCUUUUUGCAAGAUUUAUGGCCCCUUUUGGACUUAGAAAAUAUCAGAUUUCUUGGUUAAGUUUUAUGUUUAGGUCAACUUUUUCUCUUAAACUAUCAAAGCUAUUGCUUUAAAACUUGCAACUCUUGUUCACCAUCAUAUGCUGACCCAGAACAGCAAGCAACAUAACUCCAUCCUGCUUUUUGCAAUAAUUAUUGUCCCUUUUGGACUUAGAAAAAUCAUUUUCUUGGUUGAAUAUUAUGUUUAAGUAAACUUUUCUCAUAAACUAUCAAAGCUGUUGCUUUAAAACUUGCAACAGUUUUUCACCAUCAUAAGUGGACACUGUACAUCAAGAAACAUAACUCUUUCCUGCUUUUUGCAAGAAUGAUGGCUCUUUUUAGACUUAGAAAAUCAUGGGUAGGACAAUAUUUCUAUUAUACAAAAAAAAUCAGAUCAUCGUCAGCACCCGCAAGGCGGUGCUCUUGUUUUGAAUGUUCGAAUAGUAAUAGAGUAUUUGAAUAUUCGUGUAAUGAACGAAUAUUCGUUGCCGUACCUAAGAAAUACUGAAGAAAAUUGUGAAAUUCUUUAUAAAUCUAUGUUAUGGGAGGAAAGAAUAUUAAUAUAAUUGUAGUUUUCAGUAUUAUGUUGCCAUGACAAUACAUUUGUUUAGAGUUUAUGACAGAAUAGUGAUCAUAUUUUAUGAGGAUUUAGAUUUGCCUUUAUAUAGCUGACUUGUAUUGUGAAUAUCUCAAAAAAGUAUUUGACCUAGAGUAAAACAUGGAUUUUUUUAUUCGGCAUGACUUGAUAAGCGGAGCUCUUGUUUGGGAUUUUGCUUGGCCAGACCAGAGUUAUGGCUUUUGACUUAGUAAAGUAUGCAUAAAGGGUUUAAAAGCUUAUGUGGCACAUAUUUGACUUGGAGUCAUGAAACUGUAAAGGAAUAUUAUUCAUCAUGUGAAUUUAUGCAACUUUGCUUUGGAUUUCACGCUGCCUGCCCUGGAUUCAGUCGUAAUAACUUAGUUUAAUCUGAUAUUUAAAGAAGUGGAGCCAUUGCUAUUUGAGACAUUAACAGCAUGGUUUUGUUUGAUAUUCAAAGAAGUGGAGGCAUUGCAGGUUAAUCUGCCAAUACCCCUAUCAUUGUUCCUAUUAUAUCUCAUUGUUAUUCAGUGUGGACAGUGUCAUUUAGAUUGAGUCCUGUAACUCAGUUAUCAAGUGUGCUAUAGUUAUAUUACUGGAAAAAAAAAUGGUAUGCACAAAAAUUCCUGCUUAUGUUGGUCAUUUGAUCAGACACACGGGAAGACUAGCGUGUUGAAUUUCUUUCAGAGGAAUAUCUUGACAGUCUCCUCAUCAGUAAUAUUUUGAAAAUCUUUUUCGGAGGAAUAUCUUCAUUGAUCUUCAGAGCCUUUUUCUGAGUAGUAUUUCAAAAAGCAUUUUUUCUGAGUAAUAUUUUGAAAGCCACAGUUUGAGGAAUAUCUUGAGAGCCUUUUUCUUAACAAUAUUUCAAAAGCCUUUUGCUGAGUCAUAUCUUAAGGUAGUUCUGCAUGUUUGAUAAACCGGAAGUGAUGGGGUAUUGUCAUUUAUCUGGAAAACGUAGAAUAAAGCCAGGAUUUGGCGUACGGAAAUGAAAAUCACUUUAUGGAUUUAUUGCAUUCCGUGAGUAAAUUUAUUACAAUGGCACUGUUACUAUUUUUCUAAAGUUAAGUUAUGAUAUUAAAACAUCUGACACGUUAAGAAAUUAAAAAUAAUGUCUUAAAAUUAGCUUGAAAUGUGCAGUUCACUUUAAUCAUGGUCAUAUAUCUCAAAAAUAAGCACACAGACCUAUACAUUUUAUUUCACUACAUAGAUCAUAUGUUUAUUUAUGACUGUGAGAAGUUCCAGUAAAAUCUACAUUGUAGAAAAAGUUCUAUUAGUGAAAGUGUUAUGAAAGUUGUAAUUUUCCCAUAGACUUCCAUUAUGAAAAACUGCCAGAGGUCCUAAUUUUUCAGAUAAGUCUAGCAAAAAAUCAGGCACAUGACCCUAUCCUUUUUACUUGCUGAACUUUAUGUAAUAGUUAUAGUAUGUGUGAGAGUGUGUUACCAGGAUAUAUCAGAGCUAGGGGUACAUCGAGGGUAUUUUUUUCUGCACAUAUCGUCGAGGCCGGUAGGCCGAGACAGAUAUGUGAAGAGAAAAAUAACGAGAUGUACCCCUAGCUCUGAUAUAUCCUGGUAACACACGAGCACUACAUAUUAUAACUGUUUUAUCGCAUAGUUUAUCAUUAAAAUUUAUAUAUUAUUUUCAUUUAAAUUUGUUUAUUAUUAUUUUUACUAUUUUGAUUCCCUUUCUGCGCCUCGCUGACUGAAACACUAAAACUUCUGUUUUAGAAAAUGUGUUCCCCAGAUAAAAGUACCCAACAAAUUUCUGCACUGGUUUUAAAUCUUUGCAUUUCAUUGGCCAGACAUAUUGUAAAACUUGUUGUUUUGUUUGUAAAAAAAAUCAAAGAAAAAGAAACAUUUGAGAAAUCUCAGAAUUUCAUAUAUUUCAUGUAUUUUUGAAUUUGGCAAUAACUAUCAAGUUUUUGAAAUAUUCUAGUUUAUUUAUUCUUUUACUUUAUAAAUGUAGGUGUUUGUGACAAUUCUUUCUCUGUGAACUGUAAAUUGGAGCAAAAAAUCAUCUUUUCUUUGAAAGGAAAAAAUUAUACUCCCUUGAUAGGACCUCAAUAGAGAAAAAGUGUUCCGAUAUAUAUCGGAACAGUUUUACUGUGCUGAUAUAUAUCGGAACACUUUUUUUCUUAUGAAACUCCAUAGAGAUUUCCGUGUUGAUAUAUAUCGCAACAGUUUUGUAAGAUAUCAGCACAGUUUUGUAGUAAUAAUGUGUGUUACUAUGUAUAACAUGCUGCAAAGAUCAAAGGAAAAUUGCCGCACUAUGCGAUAAAAGACAGUUAGUAUAUUCCGAAGUUUUGAAAUAUCAGGGUUUGAUCAAAUUCUACAUUGUAAAAAAAAAAUUUGAUCCGAACGUGCAGAAUUACCUUAAGAACCUCUUUGUGAGUAAUUUAAGAACCUCUUUCUUGGCCUACAAACAUCCAGCUUCAUUUGGAAGAUUGCCUGUGGUCUUUAGGUAACCAAGAUUUUUUUAUGUCAUUAGGACAAUGGUCAAGGUCUCAAUUACUGGAGAAUGCUUGGGCCUUGGAGCAUUCAAAUUUUACAAGAUGAUUGUCUGUUACCCCUGUUGUAUUUAGAAUCAUUGAUAUAUUUUAUCAGUUACUUUAAUAAUUGUCAUGGGGAGGCAUUAUUAUGUGUUUUACAAAUAGUUUUUAUUUCUUACAGGCUUAAAUUUAGGUGAUAAAUUGGUGGUUGUGCAUGAAACUGUGACAUAUUCAUUUAUCAUGUAAAAAUUUUGUGUAAUUGCUAGCGUUGUGAUGCCAUGUAUAUUUUAGUGACAAAUUUUUCAAGGGGCAUUAAGUGUUUAAGAUACUCUUGCGUGUACAGAAGUUAUAAUUGUUGUUUUUACAACUCUGCCUGUACCAUUUAUAUCUAAAACUUCUUUUGCAUAAUAUUGUGUAUCUGGCAUUUCUGUUCAAGCUUUUAUCCAGAUUAAAAGUAUCUUCUGUGCCAGUGUGUUGUAUAUUUAUAUUUUUAUGUAGUUUUUAGCUAACCAUUGUGGCCAUUGUCAGUUGUCAUCCCUCAUUAACAAUAAUUAUUUCACUGUUAGCACUACAGAGAUUGCAAUAUUGGCCUAGUUUUCAUGAAACUUGGUCAGAAUGUUACCCUAAAUAAAGUCUAGAGCAAGUUUGAAACUGGGUCAUCUGGGUUCAAAAAGUAGUUCACUAGGCCAAAGAAUAGAAAAAACCUUAACAGUCUAGAGGCUGCAUUUUCUGCCUGGUCUUCAUAAAGUUUUGUCAGAAUGUUUUUUCUCCAUGAAAUUUGGGUCAGGCAAUGGCUUGAAUGAGGUCAAAAGUUAGGUCUUUAUUUUAAAGCAGAAAUACCUUGUUAACACUCGAGAGGCCACAUUUUUCAUAAAACCUUGUCAAAAUGUUCAUCUCUGUUAAAAGAAGGUCAAGUGUGAAAUUGGACUAUCUUGAUUAAAAAAAAAAAAAGGUCGCUAGGCAAAUCAUAGAAAAACCAUGUAAGCACUAGAGUCCAUAUUUUCUACUAGAUCUUCAGGAUACUUUGGUCAGAGGAUCAAUGAUAAAUUUGUAACUUGGUCACUUUUGUAAAAGACUAGGUCACUGUCAUAUUGAAGAAGUUACUUAUCUACCUGAUUUAUAUAAAACAUCAUCAGAAUGUUUGUCUUCGUGAAAAUUUCACAAAAAUCACUCUUCACUCUUGAAUGUCAUAUUUUAGUAGGGUUUAUUUCCUGUCCAAAACAUAACUCUGUCAUCCAUCAAGGGAUUUUAAUUUAUUUUCAACAGAUGUUUCCCACAAAGAAAUGUCUUGUCAUGAGCAAACCUAGGCCUCUAGGCCAAAGGUCAAGGUCACAUUUGCAGUUCAGAGGUCGAACAGGUUCUUGAUUCCUGUUCAGCCCAUUACCCUGUUUUCCAUGAAGGGAUGUCAAUAUUACUUCACACAAAUGUUCCCAAUAAUGAGACAACUUGCCAUGCACAAUGCCCAGACCCCUACCUCAAAGGUCAAGGUCACACUUGAAGGUCAUAGGUCAACAUUGUUCUUUUCCAGAACAGUCAACAUAAGCUUGUGUGUCGUAUGGACCAAAUUAAAGCAAAAAAUUGUGGUGUAAAUUUGUCAGAAUUACUUAACUUUAAUAUGAUGAUUUCUUACAUUUUUUUCUCAUUUUUCCCCAAUUCAGAAAUGUUAUUAAGAUUGAAGUUAAAAACUUUAUUAUCUAUAUUCAUCAGUGUUAUAAACAGUUAACAACUUUCGAUUUUUAUAUUUGCAAAUUUUAAUCUGAGUGUUGUGUUUAUAAACUGUUUGUAUUUAUAGUACAUUAUUACAUAUACAUCAUUGACACAUAUCAGGUCAUUAGGUUAUACUGCAGUUGAGAUGAUUUGCCACAUUCCAGUAGGGAACCUUGUACAGUGGAAUCCCGCUAUUAAGACCACCAAUGGUUCUUACACAAAAUGAUCUUAAUAGCGGGGUGGUCUUAUUAUACCCCCACAAAACGAAGUUUGGGGGGUAUAUAGGAGUGAGCUUGGCGGUCGGUCGGUCCGUUGGUUUGCAUGGUUUCUGGAUGAUAACUCAAGAAAGGAUUGACCAAUUGAAAUAAUUUUUGGUACACAGGUGUAACACUGAAAAUACAGGUCAAGUUCGAAUUUGGGAUCAGUAGGUCGAGGGUCAAGGUCACAUUGACCCUGAACAGUUAAACGGUUUCUGGAUGAUAACUUGAGAACGCUUGGGCCUAGGAUCAUAAAUUUUGGUACACAGGUGUAACAUCAUGAAAUGCAGGUCAAGUUCGACUUUGAGGUCUGUAGGUCGAAAGUCAAGGUCACAGGGACUCGGAACAGUUAAAUGGUUUCCGAAUGAUAACUUGAGAACGCUUGGGCCUAGGAUUAUAAAUUUUGGUACACAGGUGUAACAUCAUAAAAUGCAGGUCAAGUUCGACUUUGAGGUCUGUAGGUCAAAGGUCAAGGUCACAGUGACUCAGAACAGUUAAAUGGUUUCCGGAUGAUAACUUGAGAACGCUUGGGCCAAGGAUCAUAAAUUUUAGUACACAGAUGUAACAUCAUGAAAUACAAGUCAAGUUCUACUUUGAGGUCAGUAGGUCAAAGUUCAAGGUCACAGUGACUUGGAACAUUUAAAUGGUUUCCGGAUGAUAACUUAAGAAUGCUUGGGCCUAGGAUCAUGAAAAUUGAUAGGGAGGUUGGUUAUGACUAGCAGAUGACCCCUUAUGAUUUUGAGUUCAGUAGGUCACAGGUCAAGGUGACAGUGACCCGGAACAUUUAAACAAUAACUUGAGAAUGCUUGGGACUAAGAUCAGGAAACUUAAUCUGGAGGUUGGUCAUGUCAAGCAGAUGACCCAUAUUGAUUUUGAGUUCCAAAGGUCAGAGGUAAUUUAAACCUUUUACGGACAAAAACUUGAGAACGCUUGGGCGGAGGAUCAUGAAACUUCAUAGCGAGGUUGAUCAUGACUAACAGAUGACCUCUGUUGAUUUUGUGGUCAGUAGGUCAAAGGUCAAGCAAGUUCGGCUUUGACAUUGGCUUAGUGCUGUGACAAGGCCAUAUUGUGGGGGUAUAAUUCGUCACUCUUGUUAUUGGAAUGGUCUAGGCAAGAGGGCAUAUAACAUGUACAUGUUUUUAUACCCCUACAAAACAAAGUUUGGUGGGGUAUAUAUAGGAGUGAGCUUGUUGGUCGGUCUGUCCGUUAGUUUUCAUGGUCUCCAGACAAUAACUCAUGAAAGGCUUGACAAAUUUAAAUAAUUUUUGAUACACGAAGUACCAUCAGAAACAUUAGAAAAUACAGGUCAAGUUUGACUUUGUGGUCAGUAGGUCAAAGGUAAAGGUCACAGUGACCCUGAACAGUUAAACGGUUUCCGAAUGAUAACUCAAGAACGCUUUGGCCUAAGAUCAUGAAGUUAGGUACACAGGUGUAACAUCAUAAAAUAUAAGUCAGGUUUUACUUUGAGGCCAGUAGGUGAAAGGUCAAUGUCAAAUUCUAACACGACCAGCAAAUAACCUACAUACAUGUAGAGCAAAAUCUGUCUCGGGUUAUUCUGCAAUAAACCACUCGCGUGCAAUGACGUCAUCCGAUCCAGGCGUGUAGUACGGUCGUAAAAAGUAGUUACCAUAUAUAAUAACAUUUUUGAUACUAGUAUGUCGUGUUAGAAUCGAAAUAAUAAGUUCCCAAGUGUGAUUUAUCAUAGAAUAACUCGAGUUUUUCUUAUGCGAAACAAUAUAUCACUCAGGCCUAUGGCCUUCGUGAUAUAUUCUUACGCAUAAGAAGUCAAAACCCGGGUUAUUCUACGAUAAUCCACGUUUGGGAACUUAUUAUUUCUUAAAUGACCCAAAACAGUAACAGUAACAGUUCCGGGUGAUAACUCAAGAACACUUGGGCCUAGGAUCAUGAAAGUGAAGUUGGUCAUGACCAGCAGAUGACCUCUAUUGAUUUUUAGCUUGACUAUUCGAAGAAUAAGUAGAGCUAUCCUACUCACCACGGCGUCGGCGUCACAGCUUGGGUUAAGUUUUUCGUACCAGUCCACAUUUUGACAAAGUCUUUUGAGAUAAAGCUUUGAAACAUUCAACACUUGUUUACCAUCAUCAUGGCCAGUUAUAGGCAAGAGCACAUAACUCAAUCAAGGAUUUUGGCUGAAUUAUGGCCCCUUUUGACUUAGAAAUCAUGGUUAAGUUUUUCGCACCAGUUCAUAUUUUGACAAAGUCUUUUGAGAUAAAGCUUUGAAACUUUCAAUACUUGUUUACCAUCGCCAUGUCCAGUUAUAGGCAAGAGCACAUAACUCCAUCAAGGAUUUUGGCUGAAUUAUGGCCCUUUUUGACUUAGAAAUCUGGGUUAAUAUUUCGUACCAGUUCAUAUUUUGACAAAGUCUUUUGAGAUCAUCAAGGAUUUUGGCUGAAUUAUGGCCCUUUUUGACUUAGAAAUCUGGGUUAAUAUUUCGUACCAGUUCAUAUUUUGACAAAGUCUUUUGAGAUAAAGCUUUGAAACUUUCAACACCUGUUUACCAUCACCAUGUCCAGUUAUAGGCAAGAGUACAUAACUCCAUCAAGGAUUUUGGCUGAAUUAUGGCCCCUUUUGACUUAGAAAUCUUGGUUAAGUUUUUCGUACCAGUUCAUAUUUUUUGUAAAGUGUUUGACAUAUGGCUUUGAAACUUUUAUCACUUGUUUAGUAUAAUAGUUUGUAUCUGUAGGAAAGAAAACAUAACUCUGUCAUCUAUUUUGGCUGAAUUUUGGUCCUUUUCGGAUUUUGAAAUUUGUUCUGUUUUCAUACAAGUCCAUGUUUUGUCAAAACUAUUUGACAUAUGGCUUUUAAACUUUGAACACUUGUUUAUUAUUAUGAUUUCCAUCUGUUGGCAAGAGAACAUAACUAUUUUGACUGAAUUAUGGCCCUUUUUGGACUUUGAAAUUGGCUCAUAUAUUGCCAUUUAGUGCAAGGCUUAUCGAAAUCAAAGGAAUACAGGAACAUUGUUUUUCUAAUAUAUUUAUUUCUUUUGUCUGAAUAUCCCUGGAAAUAUUUUGACCCCAUUCUUCAAUCAAUUCUUCGAAUAGUCGAGCGCGCUGUCAUCAGACAGCUCUUGUGAGUUCAAAAGGUCAAAGGUCAGAGUGACCCAGAACAGUUAGACAGUUUCCUGACAAUAACUUGAGAAUGCUUUAGCUGAGGAUCAUGAACUUCAUAGGGAGGUUGAUCAUAACAAGCAGAUGACCCCUAUUGAUUUUGAGAUCAGUAGGUCAAAGGUCAAGUGAAUUCGGCUUUGACAUUGGCUUAGUUCUGUGACAAGGGCAUAUUGUGGGGGUAUUAUUCGUCACUCCAGUGACAACUCUAGUUUAUACUGGUGAAUUUACUCUUUCUUCGGUUUAAAUGUAAUAUAUAUAUAUAUACAUUUGGGACAUACCCCAGAAAACCUAGUUUGGUCAAACAAGUAAUAAAACACACUCAUCAAGAUAGAUCCAUUUGUUCUUUCAAAUUAAGAGAGUGUAAUUUCAUGUUAAUCAAAAAUGUAAUGUAUGAUAAGUAUAAUAAUGUUGUAGCAGUAUUACUCAAAACUUAAUGUUACAGUAUUGAAUGCAUUUCUCAUUUAAUUAUCUAAUCAUAGCUUAUUUGAUAAAUGCGUUUCUCAUUUAAUGAUUUAAUCGUCGGCUUAUUUAAUGAAGUUGAUCAGAUCAAAGACAAAUUACAAACAGAGAAAAGCAACAAAUCUUUUUGCAGAUUGCGUCCUCUGAAUAGCCGGCACAAGGAAAGUAAGAAUGUGUAACAAACAUUUAAUUAGACGCUUAAUCUGCUCAGCAUCUCUGUCAAUCACAAUCAAAAUCAAUUAAAACAGUUUGACAAAUUGUUUUCGGAAUGAUUAAAAUUGUUUGGACACAUCAGCUGUAAAGUAGUCUGUGUACACAUGUUUGUCGUAAAUGCGUGUCACCAUCAGGAGCACUCUGUGGGAUAGCUAAUUAUCAGGGGUGCUUGGUGGGAUGAUUGGAAGGAAGAUAGUCCGUGUUUGUAUUAGUAGAGGCAAAUUUAGCAUAUAAACUGGAAUCAGAAUGUUAAUUGUGUUCCUAUUAGUUGAUUAGUGGGGUGGUCACAAUUUUCUGUACAAGCAAUCGUUGAUUUAGAAAAAAAUAUUCUGGUUUUUGGUUGCGGGUUUAUCCUACUACCAAAGUUAAGUGUAUUCCUGACAAUCGUGUAGCAUCUUUAUUUGAUUCCAAAUCACAUCCAUUCAUGAACAAUGCGGAUGAAUUAUCAAUGAUCAAGCAGUACUUAUUCGUCCUCCAUCCAUUCACACUGGCCAUUUAGAUUAUAUAAGAUCUGUCAAUGAUUAGGUAUUCCAGCCCAUGGUUAACAUCACUGACUUCAGCUGUUCAUGUAAGGUCAGGCAGAGUUUUAUAAUCUUAGAUAUGAGGCACAUUAGUAUUUGUUUCGAAUACAUGUAUAUUUAUAGAUUGGCAUUUAAAAUGAAAAUAACUCUAGCAAAACCCGCAAUCACCAGACAUCUCAAGGCUUUGAUUGAAAAAAAUCUGUGUUAUUAAUGGGUUGGUCUUAAAUUUAGGGUGGGCAUAAGUAGGGAUUUUACUGUAUUGCAUCGUUAUACUUCAUUAACCUGUUUAAAAUGUCUUUAACCUUUAGCCUGCUGGCGGUAAGUGUUUGUUUAAAAUGUCUUCAAGUCCAAGAAAAAAAUCAUAACAUAGUCACAUAGAUAUGGCAAGUCAGUUUUUAAUCAUUAGUUUUAGUGAUAUAAUUAUGUUCUGUUUAAAAUUUUGGUGUUAAAUUUUGAAUGUUUUUUUUUUUCAAAAAACUUUUUUUUCAGUUUGUUUUUGUGAAUGACAUCAGCUCAUGUGUUCAGUUACACGGAAAGGGGCAACCUUGAUAAUUUGGCACCAAAGUUGUUUUUACAGAAACGUGUUUCUUUUUGCACUUACCAUGGAUUGAAUGUAAAUUUAUUGUGGUUUGAUUUUUAUAUGCAUGUUUUCAAAAGUAAGAUGUGUUAAAUUAUACCAAAGUCUCUCCCUCCAAAAUGUGUUCUUUACUUUGUCAUGCAGAGAUAUUAAUUGAUUCUUGGUGCGUGCAUGUGCAAAGAGGAUUGUAGCCUUUACUUUUGUAAUUUGAUCGUUAGUUGGUUUGUUUUUAUGCCCCCGAAGGGAGGCAUAUAGUUUUUGAACCGUCUGUCAUUCUGUCGGUCUGUCAGUCUGUCCGCAAUUUUCGUGUCCGGUCCAUAUCUUUGUCAUCCAUGGAUGACACAGUAAGAAGACGUGUCGCGCGCAAGACCCAGGUCCGUAGCUUAAAGGUCAAGGUCACACUUAGACGUUAAAGGUCAUUUUUCAUGAUAGUGCAUUGAUGGGCGUGUCUGGUCCAUAUCUUUGUCAUCCAUGGAUGGAUUUUCAAGUAACUACGCAUAAAUGUGUGGCACAGUAAGACGACGUGUCGCGUGCAAGACCCAGGUCUGUAGCUCAAAGGUCAAGGUCACACUUAGACGUUAAAGGUCAUAUUUCAUGAUAGUGCAUUGAUGGGCGUGUCCGGUCCAUAUCUUUGUCAUUCAUGCAUGGAUUUUAAAAUUAUUGGCAUAAAUGUGUACCAGAGUAAGACGACGUGCCGCGCGCAAGACCCAGGUCCGUAGCUCAAAGGUCAAGGUCACACUUAGACGUUAAAGGUCAUAUUUCAUGAUAGUGCAUUGAUGGGCGUGUCCGGUCCAUAUCUUUGUCAUUCAUGCAUGGAUUUUAAAAUUAUUGGGCAUGAAUGUGUACCACAGUAAGACGACGUGUCGCACGCAAGACCCAGGUCCGUAGCUCAAAAGUCAAGGUCACACUUAGACGUUAAAGGUCAUAUUUCAUGAUAGUGCAAUGAUGGUCAUGUCCGGUCCAUAUCUUUGUCAUUCAUGCAUGGAUUUUAAAAUAACUACGCAUGAAUGUGUACCACAGUAAGACGACGUGUCUCGUGCAAGACCCAGGUCCGUAGGUCAAAGGUCCUAAACUCUAACAUCGGCCAUAACUAUUCAUUCAAAGUGCCAUCGGGGGCAUGUGUCAUCCUAUGGAGACAGCUCUUGUUUUUUUCACAUUUUUGCUUUGCAUAUAGGCACUGAGCUAAUGUUGGUGUCUUUAUGCAAAAAAGAAGAUAUACAUAUUUAACUUUGGUACCGGUGGAAUGAUAUUUAUCAUGUUUUUUACUUUUGCACUUUAGUAAUUAGCCUAUACCAACAAGUUUAUAUCAUGCAUAUUGUAAAAUCAUUUCAUUUCAUGUGCAUGAAAUUUUGUUGGGAUUGAAACAACCACGAAAUCCAGGGAAGUUAGUCCCCCAUGAAUAUAAUUAUAUGAUAUCCAACAUGAAUAUUGAAUUUUAUGAUUUCAUAGUAUUAUGCUAAUAUUAGCUUUGCUUUUGUUGUAUUAUAUACCUUUCAAACGUAACAAGAUAUUAUUUUUUUGAUACCGGUAUUAUUUUUGCAUUAAAUAGUUUGUUUAAAGCAAAAAAA